AAGGUUGAAUUUCCUUUUCAGCGUCCCAAUGGAAGAAACCAUACCAAAUUAAUUAAGCAUGGGCUUGGACGUUACACUUCACUUUUGGAAAAGAAAAAAGCAACGAUGAAAAGACACAACACCAAGCUCUCAUAAUUCUGAUUUAAGAUUGUAUCUUAUCUUCAAUAUCAACAAAAGUCCCACCACUUACGCAAAGGUUGUAUGUCGGUAUACUUUUCAUUAUUAUGCUUUAUUUUACUAUUCAACAACUGUCUUCAUCAAUAGUUUGUCUCCUCCAUUUGAUAUAACGUAUCCAACACCAAUAGUUACUCUCUCUCUUUUUAAUUUGGUGAGGAAUUGUGCUCCUUCCAAUGGAGGAUGAUCGUGAAUGUUUGAAAAUAGUUGAGAUUUGUAGAGUUGCUCCUUUUCCUUCUCUAUGUUCACCUAAAUUUCUUCCUCUCACAAUCUUUGACAUAAUACUCCUUCAAUGUCCUUCCAUAUCUCGCCUUUACUUCUAUCAAAACUCAAUCACUAACAAUAAUAAUGUUCUUCAAAAACUAAAGCACUCACUUUCUCUCAUACUCACUCACUACCUUCCUCUUGCUGGCAACCUAAUUUGGCCCCAAGACUCCCACAAACCCAUCAUCCAAUUCCUCGAAGGCGACACCGUUUCACUUACCGUAGCCGAGUCAUCAUCCGACCACGACUUUCACUAUCUCUCUGGUGAUGGCUUUCGUCUACAAGCCAAAUAUUGCCAUCUUGUACCCGAAUUACCGAUGGUCGACAACCGUGUUGCAGUCAUGGCUCUCCAACUCACCUUUUUCCCAAACAAAGGGUUUUCCAUUGGAAUAACUACUCACCAUGGUGUUGUGGAUGGAAAAACUUCAACUUCCUUUUUCAAAGCAUGGGCUCAUGUUUGCAAUAAUAAUCUUGAUAUCACCCAACCAUCUUCCAUUCCUUUCUAUGAUAGAACCACAAUUCUCAAUUCCACGUCUCAUCUUGAACCAACAAGCUUGAACAAAGACUUAAAUUUACGAUUUUCAUUUCAAACAAAACCCGAUUGGUUUCGAUACACUUUGGAAUUAAGAAGCCAAGACCUUCAAAAACUGAAGAAAUGUUUUGAUGAGUGUUCUAGUUAUAAGGCAACCGUAGCUUACUUAUUAGUGUGUAGUGCAAAGAUGAAGAGUGGUUUAAGAGAUGGAAAAAUAUAUUGCACUUUUCCUGUGGAUUUAAGGUCUCGUGUACAUCCUCCUUUGCCUUCAAACUAUUUCGGGAAUUGCAUAAUUGGUCGUUUGUUUUCGGUUGAGCGAAAGGAGGUUUUGGGUGAGAAUGGAAUGUUGGUUGUUGCCAGAGAGAUUUCAAAGGAAGUACAAAGUUUGGAGGAAGAAGGAAUUGGAAAGGCAGUAGAGAAAAGGAUUUCACAAAGUAAGAUGUCAAAUGAAAAAGAAGAAAGAUAUUGCAUGCCAGGUUCACCUAAGUUUGAGGUUUAUAGUGCUGAUUUUGGUUGGGGAAAGCCUAUAAAGGUAGAACUUAUUUCUAUGGAUUGGAUGCUUCGUCCACUCGCUGAUAGUAAAAAUGGAGAUGGAGGAAUAGAAAUUGGAUUGGUUGGGGAAAGAAAUGAGUUGGAAAUGAUGGUUGCUGUUUUCUCCCAAGGUCUUCAAGCACUUUGAAAUCCUUUCUUUUGGUCCUUAGAUGAAUAUGUUUCAUUAUUCUUAUAAUUUAUCAUUGUUGUAAUUUUAAGGUAAUUUCAGUUUCUGUUUUUUUUUUUCUUUUUUUUUCAUGUAUUCAUCUACAUGUUUAAGUGAACUUGGUUGUUUAUAUUUUC